GGAGAGUUAGCAAUGGGAAAUGUCCAAUGACUUUUCAUUGGACCAUUGGACAUGUAUACCCAACUUGUCCAUUCAGGGGUGAUUUUUGCGCAGCUUUGUUGGCAAUGGACAAUGGACUUCUAUGUCCAAUGGUCAAUUCAUGUAAAAAUAUGUUUGAUAUUCUAAACCAAACAAUCUUUAAUGGAAAGAGUUUUUUAGAUGCUGGUAUUGAUGUUGAUGUUGAUAAAUCCUUUGCUAAUAAUGUUAAUCCUGCAGAUGACAACAGAGAUUUAAGAUUACCAGAAGUUGUUGACAUAGAUAAUAUAACAAUGCCAAGAACUAAACUAAGAAAAAGAUAUCAUGCAUGGUAUAGUGACUAG